AUGGCGUUGGAGGUUCAGCGAAAAGACGACGACCUUCGAAUUGCGUUGGAAAACGGCGCGAGAAUGGUCUCGACGCGAAAUGUCGACAAUUUCGGGCGGAUUGUCAUCGUGUUGACAAAACAUCUGAAAUUCGAGCGAUUCGUGAUAUCGCCGAAAUCGCGUUGGCGCAAAGCGUUGCGCGUCUAUCAGACGCCGUACAUUGUGGAACUCGAAAAGGAUCAUCCCGAUUUUGAGGAAACGGUCGAGAUUCAAAUGAACCCGAAAAAGGUGAUCGCGUUGCCAUUCGACGAGUCGACGCCGUCGAUGAGCUCAACGCAAAAGGCGAAAGUGCGUCGCAUUCGCACCGCUGCUCAUUUAUUGAAUGACGUUGAAACGUAUUGUUGUCGGACAUGCUUUCGGAAAUUCGCGAGAAAAUGGAAUCUCGAUCGUCACGAGACCACAUGCACCCAUCAUUCGGUCAAUUAUCGAUGUCCGAUUUGUAUGAAAAUCUAUCACAAGCCGUCGUAUUUUGCGGCGCAUGUCAAAUCGCACAAGGAGCAUGAUGAGGGAAGAUCGUUAGGGCUCAGCAUCGAAGAUGAGCCGCGUAAGGCUUCCAUCGUAAUCAUCAUACUAAUUCGGAUUAUUAUAGCGAUAUCAUUGAGACCAUUGCAUCAAUAUCGAAUUGGAACCGAUGGGAAUCCCAUUUAUGGGCAUCUUCUUGUCAAUGGCAACGCGCAAUUCAAAUAUGGCGAUGAGAGCGCUCAACCGAUCUAUGAUCUAGAUUUCAUGGGCAUCUCGGGCGCCGAUGCGAAUUGCCCGAUCGAAUGUGUCACCAAAGUUUCGGCGUUCUACAAAGCUGUUGGCGCAGAGUUAAGCAUCGUGAUGGCGCGCCCGUCCGACGCGGCUCUCUAUCCCGACUACACCGACAUGGGUCUUCCGCCGUUCUACUGCGCGACGGCUUCCGGCAACUGCGCGGCUUCGACGCCCCUCUACCUCUACUAUUCCGACAACGCCGAUGAUUACUAUGCCGACACUCAGCAAAGAAGCAUGAACUCGAGCUACACGAUGUCACUUAUGGGAACCCCACUCUGCUAUUUAUGGGAAGCAAUCACCACCACUACCAUUACGCCUGUCUUGAAUGAGACUACAGUGGCCCCUGCGGACACUACAGUAACGCCGAAUGAUCCUUUCAACACUACAGUGAUCCCUGAGGACACUACAGUAAUCCCGAAUUAUCCAUUCAACACUACAGUGGUCGCUGAAGAUUAUUCGAACACUACAGUAUCCCCGGAAGAGUAUCUGAAUAGUACGGUAGCCGUGUUCACAACAACUCCAAAUGUGCUCGAUUCCACCAACGCCACUGACAAUUACGGAAAUACCAUGACUACCGUAAUCCCGCCGACUACCGUAAUCCCAAAUCAGCCAGGCGGCGGCGAGAAUUCAACAGCGCCGGCCAAUCAUUCUGACGACGACGACGACAAAAAAGACUUCUGGCAUCGAUGGCGUUGGGUGUUCAUCAUGCUCGGCUGCCUGCUCGUCAUUCUGCUCGUUUCAAUCUGCAUAUUCGCCUGGAUCAUGUACUUCAUGCAUCCGAGCUCGAAGGUCGACGGCGGUCCGCCGACGUACUCGUCGCACGGCUCAUUCGAUUUGCCACCUCGUCCGGCUCAAGGAGCCUCAGUCACACCGUUCACCGUCGGCUUCCCAACAGCGGCCUAUUGA